CAAUACAGACACCGAACUUCUUCAGGUCCAAGGAGAGUGCAUCUUAGGGCCCAGCCUCCUGGGAUAGCACUCCCCAAAUGGGAUCAACCACCCCAGUGAAUUAUUUAGAUAAACCCCCUUUAGCAAUGGAAGGGGGAAUGUGAGAACAGGCAGAACAUAAUUUGUUGGGGGUAAAGUCAGCAUGGUUCCUGUAAAGGGAAUCCUGAUUUACUAAUCUGCUAGAGUUCUUUGAGGGGGGUCAACUAACAUGUGGACAAAGGGGAUUCAGUGUACAGUAGACUUCUGAUAAUCUGGCACCUUUGGGACCUAGGAGGUGCUGGAUUAUCAGAUGUGCUGGAGUAUCAGGAGGUCUCGGUACAGCCACAGGGCUUUUUAGUCAGCUGGCCAGGACUCAAUCCCCUCCCCCUCUCCUUUCCCCUUCGCUGUAGCAAAACUCCCGGCUGUAACUCAAUCCCACACCCCCUCCCCUCCCCUCGCCUUUCCCCUUUGCUCAAGUAUGCUGUAAACCGAUCCCACUCCUCCCCCAUGGGUCCGGACUUAAUGCAUCCGAGGGAGUUGGCAAACGUCAUUGAGGAGCCUUUGGCCCUUGUCUUUGAAAAGUCAUGGAGGAAAAGACGGGUGGAGCCCACAGCCAGGGGGAGGGAUUGGACCCUGUCCCAGGAGGGUGUGGGUGUGACGUGAGUUAUUUCUUGCAGGCCGACACUGAGGGAAGGGUCUGGACGUUGCCAUGCCUGCGUCAGGAGACACGAUUGCGAUGCCGGCGCUGGGCCGCCCUUUCCAGCUGGGGAUGCUGUACGACUGCCGCAAGGACUCCCUCAUCCCAGGCAUCACUUUAUGGGAUCUGGAGACACUUCAACAGCAUGUAGACACAAAGCCGCAGUCCAAGACUGAAUUUCAGAUUAUUGCGUCUGACACCACUGAGGACAAGGCCUCUGCCCUGAAUGUCAAAGCCUCGCUGAAGGCCAGUUUCCUGUCUGGCCUGGUGGAAGUGAGCGGCUCCGCAGAGUAUUUAAAUGAUACCAAGACGUCAAAGCAGCAAGCCCGCGUUUCUCUCCAGUACUCAGCUACGACACAGUUUAAGCAGCUGACUAUGAGUCAUUUAGGACACCACAAUAUUUCUUACCCUGAUGUGUUUGACCAAGGCACGGCCACCCACGUGGUCACGGCUGUGCUGUACGGGGCGCAGGCCAUUUUUGUCUUCGAUCAGGAUGUCUCUUCAUCUGAGAAUGUACAAGAUGUAAAGGGAAAACUCCAUGUUAUAAUUAAAAAGAUACCCCUGGUUUCCACCAAAGGUGAAGGAGCUCUCAAAAUGGAUGAUGCACACAAAAAACUAGCUGAACAACUUAGUUGUAAAUUUUAUGGAGAUUUUGCUCUUGAGAAGAAUCCAACUAAUUUCCAAGAUGCCAUGACCAUUUAUUCCACCCUCCCAGCGCGGCUGGGUGAGAACGGGGAGAAGGCCGUACCGGUGAGAGUCUGGCUGUACCCGCUGACCAAGCUGGAUUCCAAAGCUGCUCAGAUGGUUCGUGAGAUCAGUACAAUGCUGAUCUUUGAUGUUCAAACGGCCCUGGAGCAACUGACAGAACUUGACAUGCAAUGCAACGACUUGGUGAAGAACCCGAUUGCCAGAACCUUCCCUGAAAUGCAGAAGAAAAUCCAGCUAUUCAAAGAUCUGUGCAUGCAACACAGACAGACUUUCCAGAAAGAGCUGGCAGGUCUCUUACCCUCCAUCCGUGGAGGGGGGAAAGAGGAAGGGGCCCUGGUGGACAUGCUGUCAAACAAAAAACAGUCACCAUUCAAUACCCAGGAACUCAACAUAUUUCUGGAUAAAAGGGAACGAGAAAUGAAGUAUGUCAGUUCCUAUCUUUUUCUCCUAAAGGAUGUGGAAGUGGUGUCCUCCCAGAAUAAGCUGGAUGAAAUAGUUCUGGAUCCCGUGAAUGACUUUGUCGUAGCCUUUGUGUUCACUUCGCUACAUGAAGAGGAACCGUAUUUCUCUGAUUUGAGGCUCUGUCUUCAGACCCAGUUUAUGAAGAACGCCCAAGAUCCCGAAUCAGCCAGUUCUGCCAGUGAGAAACCCAAACUGUGGUUUGAGGACAGAAACAGGAUCCAAAAUGCCCGAAAAGCUGCAAAAUCCGUUUCAGACUUUGCUCGUGUGAAUAAAUCUAAUGGAAAGACUCGAUUCAUUGUGGCCUCUGUCCCAGAUGAACACAACCCAGGAGCUUCAGUUUACCUCUAUGAAAAUGGAGACUUGGUCAGCGCUAACUAUGAACUGCCAGAGAAACCUCUUCCUCCCCUGAUUGGUGCAGUCCGACAUGACCGUGUGCAGCUCACGCUGAAACCAGCAGCCUAUGGCAGGGCUGAGAUAUGCGGCUACCAGGCAGAGUACAGACUUGUCGGGCAGGAGAACUGGGUGGCUGUGAAUGUCAGUAACACACAAGAGACACUCACAGUCACAGGGCUCCGUCCAAACACCCAGUACCAGUUCCGAUACGCGGCCGUGAGCAAACCAGGGCUCAGCGAGAGCAGCGACGUGAGCGACACAGUGAAGACGCUUCCUCCUACCAGUCCGCCUGGGAAACCUGCAGCAGCUAAUAUAGAAUUAUCAGCCAUCACCCUGACCUGGGAGAGUCCACGUGCCAUUGGAGAUGGAGUCAGCAUCACUUUAUGGGAUCUGGAGACACUUCAACAGCAUGUAGACACAAAGCCGCAGUCCAAGACUGAAUUUCAGAUUAUUGCGUCUGACACCACUGAGGACAAGGCCUCUGCCCUGAAUGUCAAAGCCUCGCUGAAGGCCAGUUUCCUGUCUGGCCUGGUGGAAGUGAGCGGCUCCGCAGAGUAUUUAAAUGAUACCAAGACGUCAAAGCAGCAAGCCCGCGUUUCUCUCCAGUACUCAGCUACGACACAGUUUAAGCAGCUGACUAUGAGUCAUUUAGGACACCACAAUAUUUCUUACCCUGAUGUGUUUGACCAAGGCACGGCCACCCACGUGGUCACGGCUGUGCUGUACGGGGCGCAGGCCAUUUUUGUCUUCGAUCAGGAUGUCUCUUCAUCUGAGAAUGUACAAGAUGUAAAGGGAAAACUCCAUGUUAUAAUUAAAAAGAUACCCCUGGUUUCCACCAAAGGUGAAGGAGCUCUCAAAAUGGAUGAUGCACACAAAAAACUAGCUGAACAACUUAGUUGUAAAUUUUAUGGAGAUUUUGCUCUUGAGAAGAAUCCAACUAAUUUCCAAGAUGCCAUGACCAUUUAUUCCACCCUCCCAGCGCGGCUGGGUGAGAACGGGGAGAAGGCCGUACCGGUGAGAGUCUGGCUGUACCCGCUGACCAAGCUGGAUUCCAAAGCUGCUCAGAUGGUUCGUGAGAUCAGUACAAUGCUGAUCUUUGAUGUUCAAACGGCCCUGGAGCAACUGACAGAACUUGACAUGCAAUGCAACGACUUGGUGAAGAACCCGAUUGCCAGAACCUUCCCUGAAAUGCAGAAGAAAAUCCAGCUAUUCAAAGAUCUGUGCAUGCAACACAGACAGACUUUCCAGAAAGAGCUGGCAGGUCUCUUACCCUCCAUCCGUGGAGGGGGGAAAGAGGAAGGGGCCCUGGUGGACAUGCUGUCAAACAAAAAACAGUCACCAUUCAAUACCCAGGAACUCAACAUAUUUCUGGAUAAAAGGGAACGAGAAAUGAAGUAUGUCAGUUCCUAUCUUUUUCUCCUAAAGGAUGUGGAAGUGGUGUCCUCCCAGAAUAAGCUGGAUGAAAUAGUUCUGGAUCCCGUGAAUGACUUUGUCGUAGCCUUUGUGUUCACUUCGCUACAUGAAGAGGAACCGUAUUUCUCUGAUUUGAGGCUCUGUCUUCAGACCCAGUUUAUGAAGAACGCCCAAGAUCCCCAAUCAGCCAGUUCUGCCAGUGAGAAACCCAAACUGUGGUUUGAGGACAGAAACAGGAUCCAAAAUGCCCGAAAAGCUGCAAAAUCCGUUUCAGACUUUGCUCGUGUGAAUAAAUCUAAUGGAAAGACUCGAUUCAUUGUGGCCUCUGUCCCAGAUGAACACAACCCAGGAGCUUCAGUUUACCUCUAUGAAAAUGGAGACUUGGUCAGCGCUAACUAUGAACUGCCAGAGAAACCUCUUCCUCCCCUGAUUGGUGCAGUCCGACAUGACCGUGUGCAGCUCACGCUGAAACCAGCAGCCUAUGGCAGGGCUGAGAUAUGCGGCUACCAGGCAGAGUACAGACUUGUCGGGCAGGAGAACUGGGUGGCUGUGAAUGUCAGUAACACACAAGAGACACUCACAGUCACAGGGCUCCGUCCAAACACCCAGUACCAGUUCCGAUACGCGGCCGUGAGCAAACCAGGGCUCAGCGAGAGCAGCGACGUGAGCGACACAGUGAAGACGCUUCCAACCAGCCCCCCUGGGAAACCUGCAGCAGCGACUGUAGAAUCAUCGGCCAUCGCCCUGAGCUGGGAGAGUCCACGUGUCAUUGGAGAUGGAGUCAGUAUAAGCGAGUACAAGGUGCAAUACAGAGAGGAGGCUGGAGAAGCCAAGUGGCUGGAGCGAAGGACGGGACAGAGAACCGAGUCCUGCACCAUUGAUGGGCUGAGGCCACGGACACCCUACAGAUUCCGAGUCUCGGCUGUGUGUGUGGACGGGGCUGAGAGUGACCCGAGCGAGCAGGUUAUUGUUUCAAGAGAGACAGAGGAUGAAUCAAAGAAAUUAGCACAGCGUCUCUGCAAAAAGAGCAGGCUCAUAAAAGAAUUGCAGCUGCCAGUGUAUACACUUCCAUUAGAGGAGGCAGCAUUAGAGCCUAUGUUAGCUUGUCGGAAGUACAGACUUGGAGAAGAAACUCACUGUGACAAAGUCCCUAACAAAGUGAUUAUGGUGAUGGGAGCAACCGGCUCGGGGAAAACGACUCUCAUCAAUGGGAUGAUCAACUACGUCCUGGGUGUGCAAUGGAAGGAUGAAUUCAGGUUCAAGCUCAUCCAUGAAAUAACAAACAGAAGCCAAGCUGAGAGCCAGACAUCUGAGGUGACAGCCUAUGAAAUUAAUCACACAGAGGGCUUCAAAAUCACCUAUUCGCUGACUAUAAUAGACACACCUGGAUUUGGUGACACCAGAGGGAUUGAGCAUGACAAAAAGUUAACAGAGAAGAUUAGAGCAUUUUUUUCCACCCCAGGCGCCAUUGAUCACAUUGACGCCGUCUGUUUCGUUGUCCAGGCCUCACUAGCUCGUCUGACCCACACCCAGAGGUACGUGUUUGAUUCGGUGCUCUCCAUUUUUGGGAAGGACAUAAAAGACAACAUCUUAAUCCUGGUCACCUUCGCCGAUGGACAGACCCCUCCUGUGCUAGAGGCCAUUAAAGAGUCCAAGGUACCUUGUGCUAAGGAUGCUGAGGGCCACCCUGUUCACUUCAAAUUUAACAACUCUGCGCUGUUUGCCGGCAAGGCUGGAGGGGGCAAGGGCAGGUCUAAUUUUGAUGCGAUGUUCUGGGAUAUGGGUGCCGGGAGCAUGCAGACAUUUUUUAAUUCCUUAAGAGAUUUGAAAACUAAGAGCUUGACUUUGACCCAGGAAGUUCUCAUGGAGCGAGUGAAGCUUGAGGUGGCUGUGCAAGGACUGCAGCCACAGAUCAAAGCCGGCCUCACAAAGCUGGAAGAGCUAAGACAGACCCAGGGAGCCCUGCAGCAGCACAAGGUUGAUAUGGAGGCCAAUAAAGACUUUGAGUAUGAGGUGGAACAAACAGUGGCUGUGAAAGAAGACAUCAGUGGCAAAGGCGUGUUUCUAACAAACUGCCAGAUGUGUCACUUCACAUGUCACGAUAACUGUAUAUAUGCUAAUGAUAAAGAUAAGAAAAAAUGUUGGGCUAUGAACCAGUCUGGACAUUGCGAUAUUUGCCCUGGUAAAUGCAUAUGGAGCACUCACUUCAAUCAAAAGUACAAGUGGCGAUAUGAAGUCCAGAGAGAGAAGAGAACCUAUGCAGAACUGCAAGAAAAGUACAAAAAGGCCUCUGGCGAGGUGAUGACCACAGAGACGGUUAUUCAGAGGCUGCGUGAGGAGUACUAUAACGUGAAAGCGAUAGUGAUAGUGCUUAUUGAGGAAUCAUCUACAAGCCUCCAACGCCUGCAAGAAAUCGCCUUAAAACCCAACCCGCUGACCACGCCCGACUACAUUGACCUGAUGAUCUCGUCAGAAGAGCUGGAAGUGAAACCUGGGUAUCAGGAACGCAUCAAAUCUCUGAGGGAGGUGAGAGAGCAGGCUGUGAUGAUAACCAAGAUCGCCAAUAAUGUGAAAUUGCUGCCAGAAGAGACAGAAGAGGGCAGUAACCAGAACCCAGAAGGGAUGGGAUUUGUGGGACGAAUGAAAGAAAGAGGCAAGAAGGUUAAAGACAGCAUAGCAGGGUGGUGGUCGGCUGGAAAACGGCCUGCAGUGACUCCCCUCACCCCUGACCCAGGAGAGCCUGUAAAACAAACACACUCUCCAGCUUGUAUUCCAAACCAGGGACUUUGCUCUCACAGUCUGGUGGAAUAGAUGUUUGAAACGUGGAUCCUUAUGUCCUAGAUUUUAAAGUGUAAUGAGCCCCUUUGACCAGGGGCUCUCAGGCCUUUUUGUAAAUUGGGUCGCCCUUUGAAAAUAUUUCAGGCUGGAAUGAAACUCCCCUCCCCCACCCCAAAAAGUGGCACCAAUCUCUGAAUCGGUCGCUGCCUCUGGCAACAGCAGAAAAGUGGGGCCAGCAGGGUAAGGCACCUUCAGAGCCAGUCACCAUCCCUGCCAACCCUUUGUGCCUUGAUUCUCAUGUGAAUUGGUCUCACUGUAGCUUCCACCCAUUGGCUCUUCUUCUGCCUUUCUCUGUUCGAUUAGAUUAGAGAGCUCAUUAGCCCCUCGUGUUUGUUCCCUAGGAAGGUUCUUAUACGCUGUAAACACCUGCUAAUAUCCCUUGGUUGACUAAGCAGACCCAUCUCUUUAAGGGUCUCCCUGUACUAAGGUGACUUUGAAAUUCCCUUUGGCCUCUGCUUAAAAAGUUCUGUCAGCAGAGCUAUCAAUCGGGGAGUGGAGGGGGGGGUGAACAAGAUCAUUCCCCCCUCCUCCCCACUAACAUAGCUGUGCUGGCAAAUCUCCCCCCCCACACAUGCUGACACAGCUGUGUUGACAGGAGAGCACUUCUGUCGCUGACAUUGAUGAAAGAGGUGAUAUUCCUACAGGGAUAGAAACGCUCCUGCUGGCAUAGGCUGUGUCUGCACUAGGGCUGGGCCUGUUUCUGUUUGCUUCACUUCUCGUGUCUCCCUGCCGAGUGUCUGGACACCAGGCAACCCAGGGGGUGGGAGCUCUGGGAAGGAGUGUGCUCCAGCCACAAGGUGGGGGGGGGGGACAGACAGUGCUGGUCUCAGGGCCCGUUGAGCUGGAUUGCAGGCUCAGCUCUCAGAAGGGGCAGUGGACAGGGACCCACAAGUAGAGUUAGCGCUGGACCCUGCUCAGACUCAGGCCGCUUACAAACCCAGUGCGCAGGCUCCAAGUGGAGACCCCGGCGAGUGUCCCUCAGGGGCAGCUUGAGCAGGGCUGUUCCAACACCCAAAUCCUUUUCAGGGUCACAGCUUUCCAGGGGUCCAGCCCCUUCCUGUAUCCUGGUUCCUCCUAGCAGGGCUUUGCCUUUGGCCGUACAAAAGCUCGUUUUGCUGGGCUGGGCCCCGCUUGCCAAGCAAGUCAGAUCUCUCUGCACAUCUCCCCUGUCCCCAUCAGCACGUACCGCUCUGCCAGUGCUCGUCCUCGGCAGAUUUCAUCACCAGCGGCUUUCUAUUUGCUUCCAGACCAUUGCUAAAAAUAUUCAGUAGCGUCAGGCCUAGAACCAAUCCCCUGUGGAACCCCCCUGGCAAACCCCGCUUCAGUACAGAUUCCACCUUAACAAUUUGCUUCUGUGGAGCGUGGAGACUCCCACAUCCUGAGUAGGAUCCUAGGCACUGGGCUAACGGCUAUGAGCUAGUCUGCCCCACUGCCCUGCUUAUUCACCAAGCCACCUGACCCAGGAGAGGAGAGCCCAGGUUCGAACUGUUAGCUGAGAUGGGGCCUCCCUACCA